UAGUAGGGUUUUGUCAAGUUACAGACCAACGGCCUAUUCCAUCCCCUUCCCUUGAGCCACUCCCCCAACCUCUCCUACUUUUCUCCCAAAAGCCAUAAUAUAAAACCUCUGCUCAAAAGGAGAGCGAAACAGGGGAGGCAAAACAGAGUAAAAAUGGGGAGCAAAAGCAAAUCCCCUGUUUUCCCCAUGCCCACAGAGCCUCACCACUUCAGCGACUAUGGCUUCGACCCUCAAAUCGACUACUUCCAGUUCCUAGAAGAAGCGAAGAAGCACAAGCGAGACUCCACCACCACCGCCGCCGCCGCCAACUCCAUCGACACGCUCCACUUCAAGCUCCAGAAACCCGUCUCCAAAGACGAAUCUCUGAAAACGACCCAGGCCAACAAGACGAAAAUCAAGAAGCGGUGGUGGAAGAACGCGCUGGUCUUCUUCAAGCUGAAAUGGGCUCAUCGUAACAGUCGUAAAGUUGAAGGCUUUGGAGAAAGAGAAGCAGAAGACGAUGUUCAUAGAGCAAGGGCUCGAGCUUUCCGUGCUACGAUGUCGGGCCCUGUUUACAUAACCGAGAGCCGAAGUGGGUCGAACACCCCGUACCGGUUCACGACGACGACGAGCCGGCCCGCCUCCGGCCCGCUCGCCGGAUCUCUUUCUCCGGCGGUGAAAGGGGACAUCGAUUUGCCGUAUGUGAGCCUCAGGGAGCUCAACAUGGAGCAGCAGCAGAAGCAGAGGAUGUCUACCUCCGCCAUGCCCAUUUACUUGGUCACUUGAAAAAAAAGCUGAAUCGGUUUCAAUUGGAAAGUCUAGAUUAGUUUCCAAGCUUGGUGCCCGGUUUCCCCCUUUUUUUCAUGGGGGAAGGGGAAAGUUAUAAUUACUGUUGCCAUAUCCUUUUCCCUUUCCUCUGUUUUCUGGGUUUCUUCUAAAAUUGCUUAGGGAGAAAAGGCGUGUUUGAUAUCUUUUUUUUACCUUUCGUGGAGGAUGACUGAAUCAUCUCCCCUUUCUAUGCUAUCUUUUUACCUUUUCACCAAGUAGUGAUGAGUUUUUUCUUGUGUUUGUGAGUUGGUAAUUUAGAUGAAUGAUUAAAGAGUGGGAAAUUUGUGACUAAAGUCACCAACUUGGUAGUGUGUUGUUGUUGAGGUGUUGGUGAAUCUUUUGACCUAUUUGUUUGUCAAUGCAUAUCACUAAUUGGAUCUUGUUUAAGUUGGAGAAAGAUCACAAAAUGAGUUACGAGUUAGAUAUAAUUAACGAUAUCGUAAAAU